GCACUUGGCGACGAACGAUAAGCAAAUGUGAACGUUGCUGGUUUUCGUAUCUUUCAGUUUGUUUGAUCAGUUCGAAAAGUGAAGUCGAAGUCGCAAGCGAAUAUUCUAUUUUGUGCGUCGUUUAGCGAAAAACGCUACAAACAACACAAGAACCAACAACUGAAACAACGAAGACGAAUUAAAUACGAAAAAAAUCAUCAAAACUAACUGUAAUUCGAUGCAUAACCUUUAAGGACUCUGUCGUGAAGCCUACGUUUGGCGAAAAUUUCAAAGUUUUUCGUGUGACAUUUUUUGUUGCUGUUUUUUUAUUUUUUUAUUAAAAGAAAACCCCCCUCGGAACGGCGUUCGUGCGCAGUGAAGUUGGUUGGGGUAUUCGCGUGCACGAGGGAGUCGAAAACUCUGCCAGCCAGACAGUUAAAAACACACUUAUAAGGAAAAGAGUAUUAAACAACUAAAAUAUAUUUAUAUUUUUACUAAAACUACAAAUCAAUACUCAAAACGUCAGUAACUGACUCAUUACAAAAGAAAAUUGCAGGAAAUUGCAAAAUUUGCAGACAAAAAAUACUGAAAAGCAUUUAUAUACAUAUAAUCAACGUAUAUAUUUACCACAUAUGUGCAUACAUAUGCUCUACAUAACCAAGCAAAGAGAUCGCUGGCAAUUGAACACAAAAAUCGUUUAUGAACUGAAACGUUUAUGAAUCGAGUGUAAAUGAGUGAUCGGCGAACAGAGGCAGCUACUACUACUUGUGAGCUGUAACUGCACAAAAUGUUGCUAGAAACAGGCGAUACCACGCUAUGUAAACUAAGCUAAAUAAAACAAAAACCAUACAAACACUACGGAUUACAAAAACAAACAAAAAAAAAAGACAAAGAAAUAACAACAAAUAAAUAAAUAAAUAAAAGUGUGCAAAACACGCUCAAGGUGUACGAGUGGAGCGUAAAGUGUCAAUUACAAGCGGCAAAGUGUUGUUGUUGUUAAAUAACAACAACGAAAUUAACAAUAAAUACGAGGCGUCUAUAGAUUGUCGCUCGAAAACAGCGAAAAAAUAUUAUUUUUCUCUGAAAUCCAAAUAAAUUACAAACAAAAAAAACAAUACAACAAAAUGUUGCCACACACAAUCCUGCUUGCGUUGCUGCUUUGCUGCCAACACCUCAGCACCGCCUGGACGACACGCCUGCCGCUCGAGGUGUACGAGCUGACGGCGACAGCGAGCGCCAGCAGCGCGGCCGAUGACAGCAGCACAGACACGCGGCACAGAAAUCUGGAAUAUGCCACAGUGAAUGCGAAAAUGUUGCAGCAGGCCAGCGCAACAGCAGCAGCCACGAGAACUUCGGCAGCAUCAGCAUCAACAGCAACGCAAGCCUCUGCAGCGGCGAUUGCAACAGAUUUACAUCACACGACAGCAGGUGCGCCGUUCGCACACCAACACACGCAACAACAACAACAACAACAGCAGCAAGUGAAGCAACAGAGCGAUCUGCAGCUGGUUAUAGAUCAACGACGUUCGCGUCAAAUGUUGGAGAUCAUCGAGCAACAGCAACAACGUGAACAUCAACACAACAAAUACCAUCGUGAGUCGCUGUUACAGCAGCAACAACAACAACAGCAGUUGAAGAACUCCAAAACCUCGAGUCCUUUUGCAGUCUACGAAAAGGAUAACAACAGUUAUAGGCAAAGACACGGCGUGGGUCGCGUGAACGCGCAGGAUGUACGCGUACUUUAUCAAGUUGGGGACUCCGAAGACGAUCUGCCAAUUUGCGCGCCGAAUGCUGUCUGCUCCAAAAUCGAUUUGUACGAGACGCCGUGGAUCGAGCGUCAGUGCCGCUGUCCCGAGGUGAAUCGCCAGCCACACAUCGUGUUGCAUCACCACGCCCACCACACUACUACUACCACUACCGCCGCGCACGACAAGUAUCGCAGUUACUACGAGCGGGAGCGUUUGUUGCAACACAAGCGCCUGCUGGUUGGCGAUUACAACGACAAGAAGUUCGAACAAAUGCAUUUGAAGAAGCUGAUGCAACGACUGGGCGCGGUCUACGAAGAGGAUUUAAAUCUGCAGCCAAAUGAUUAUGCCGCAGCUUCGGUGGCGUCACAUGCCGAGGACAACGAUGCGCUGCCGAACUCGCAGGAGGAUGAGUUGCUGAGCGAAUUCAGCGACAAUGAGUUUCCACACACGCCUUCGCGUCGCAAUUACUACAGCGUGGAGCCGAGCACGGCGCAUAUGCGACACUCGGGUCACAAUGGUCAUCGUGCGAAGGAGCCGAUCAACUUCAUUGGUGGCUGCCCCAGUGGAUUGGGUGUGGAGGAUGGGCACACGAUUGCCGAUAAGACGCGUCACUACAAGAUGUGUCAGCCGGUGCACAAGUUGCCCGUAUGCAAACAUUUCCGCGAUUAUACAUGGACGCUUACCACCUCAGCGGAAUUGAAUGUGACCGAGCAGAUAGUGCAUUGUCGUUGUCCGAAGAAUUCGGUGACAUAUUUGACGAAAAGGGAAUCGGCUACAGAUGGCGCUAGUGGCUACACAUAUCUCUUUGCUUGUUCACCCAUAACGCGCAUACGCUGCCAACGCAAGCAACCCUGCAAACUCUUCACGGUACGCAAGCGACAAGAAUUCCUUGACGAGGUCAACAUCAAUGCGUUGUGCCAGUGUCCGAAAGGACAUCGUUGCCCCAGCCAUCACACACAAUCGGGUGUCAUACCCGGCGAGAGCUUCUUGGAGGAUAAUAUCCAAACCUAUUCGGGUUACUGCAUGGCUAACGAUUGAUGGUCUUCGGCGGGCGCGAAGGGCAAAAGACGAAAUCAACGAAAAAACAAAUACAAAAAACAUAAAAAGCAAAAGCAACAACCAGAAGUGAAACCGCUGCAGCAGAGCAAAAUGAAAACUGGGCAGCUGACCACAUUCCAAAUACAGUUCAAUGUGGGCAUUACAGUGAAGGCGACAGUAAGGGUACAAAGUAAAAUAUUUGAUACAAAUUAAAAAUAAUAUACAAACACACACACAUACAUAUGCAUACAUAUACAUUACGAAGUGCGUGUUGCAAGCAGCCACAAGCGAAAUUUUAGUCAAAAGAAGUAUGUUAAACAAGAAAGAAGGAACACGCAAAUAGUUGACUGAGCCAAUUGAGUCUCGUCUUUAUUUUAAAAUAAAUUUAAGCAAUUAAUUAAAUGCAAAUUAGUGUUAGAAAUUGUUUUGCUGACUUAAAAUAUUUAAGCUAAAAUCUAAUGUAGUUUAAUUAAUUUAUGCAAGAAAACAAAUAUGAAUAUGUUAAUUAAUUAUUUAUUUAAUUAAGCUAACUUAACGGUAAACUAAGCGCAGCUAUGAAAAGUAAACGACGAGUCGUUAGUAAUUACACACACACACACACACACAUACAUACAUAUAUAUUGCCUAUGCCUAGUAUAGGGUUUGGAGAGAGUGGAGAGUUUUGUAAAUUGUAAAUAUUUCAAAAUGUCGUAAAAUUAAAUUAUUAUAAAUAAAAAUACUAAAAAACUAAAAAAUGAACAAAGAUGGCUUAAAAAAGUUAUAAAAAUAAAAUUGAGCGUAAAAUAUUUAUUCAGUAGCCAAGCGUGCCAAAUACAGGGUGCAGUCUUAAUUAAAUCGAUUAAGUUAUGAAAAUCAGGUACUCAGUAACUCACUAAGCAACAGAGCAAAUCAAUAUGAAAAACGUGAAAACACAUAAAGACAAGCUGAAUUGUACCUGAAAGCAGUUUUAACGGUAAUAAAGCGCAAAAAAAUGCGAAUAAAAUACAAUCGUGUGAAAUAAAGUAGCAGACAGAAAGUUUUUACUACAAAAAAUAAUGCACUUAAGCAAAGAAAAAAAUAAUAAUAAUCGUAAAAAGAAUAAAUAUUUAAAAAGUAAUGUAAAUAUAAAAAUAUAAUACAUUUAUUUUACAAAAAAACAAUAUUUUUAUAACGCAUAAAUUUUAUAAACAAAAAUCCCACAGCAGAAAAAUACGAAAAAUACAACAAAGUUAAAAUUGAAGUAAGUUUUAAUAAAAAAUAUUUCAAAUACAAAUUAUUUAGCCUCCACUGUGCCUACAACCACAUUAUUCUACAACUCUAGCA